CUCGUCGCCGGCGGGUCCAGACGCUCGUCAGCGAUCACAACGCGGCGUACAGCGUCAUCUUUGUAGAGUCUCGGUGCAACGACGAGGAGAUGAUAGAGGCCAACGUGAGGGCGAAGGUGACCAGGUCCCCCGACUACGAGGGCAUGGACUACGAGGUCGCCAGGAGGGACUUCCUCUCCAGGAUGGACAUGUACAGGCAAGCCUACGAGGCCGUCGGCGAGAGCUGCGACGAGCAGGACUUGUCGUACAUAAAGAUGCUGAACCUGUCUGCGCACGUCGAGGUGCACAAGGUGUACGGGCGCGCGACGUCGAGCUUGUUGCCCUACCUGAUGGCCGUGCACAUCGGCAGCCGCGCCGUGUGGCUGAUGCGGCUUCCCGAGUCGGCCACGGAGGCCCAGGGCUCGAGCCGCAUCACGUAUUCCGACUCGGAGAUGAGCAGCGCGGGCACCGAGUUCGCGCAGAGGUUUGCGGCCUACGUGGAUGCCAGCGAGGAGAUGCGCAGCUCCCGCUUAUUUGUUUGCACGCACCGCCGUGCGCUGGACCUCGCCGCCAUGCUGGACCGCGAGGGGCAGCGCACCCACGUGCACCCGCUCCUCAAUCCCAUGGACUGGGGCGCGUACGAGGACGGGCUCGGGGCCCGCUCCCGCCUUGAUGCUGAGUACCGGAUCGCGCCAGAGCGGGCGGAGGCGGCGCUGACAGGCAGCGUGCCCGACGCCGCCGACGACGCCGACGAGGUCGACGCCAUCAUCACCGACAUGACGCCGCCCGGCAGCCCGCAGUUGCGGCGUGUGCCGCGGCCGCCCCAAGAGACGCAGGCUGCGCCCGCUGAGGCGGUGGGCGGGGCGGGCCCGGUGCCACCGCCAAGCCCAGCGUCGCCGCCGAGGGCGGAGGCGAUGCCCACGGCGGCGGCGAAGGCUGGGGCGCGGCCAAAGGCGAAGCCGAAGCCAAAGGCGACGGCGAAGCCGAAGCCGAAGGCCAAGCUCAAGGCGAGGGUGGCGGUCGUCUCCGUCUUGAGCAUGAUGGCGCCGCGGGGCGCCGACGACCCGCCCGACGCAGCGGGCGCCCUCCCCGAGGCGCCCGAGGGCGCGCCGCCUCUUGAUGGCGACGCCGCCACCGAGGAGCCCCCGCCUGGGGCGCCUUUCCCAGAGUUGCCGUCGCAGCCGCCCGCCCAGAUGCGCCCAGAGCCGACGAUGAUCACGCGCACCACGUUCAUCCGCGACGUUAGGUUGCGAUGCGGGUGGUGCAACGACGAGGUAACUGCAGGCAGGGCUCGGUUGAGGGGCAAGUCGCAGCAGAAGUACAGGUGCGACCGUUGCAAUGUCCACAUCACGCAGCUUAGCCGCGAGUUCGGCGAGUUCCCGCGCAGCGACGUCAAGCGCCUGGGCGAGGAGACGCAGCGGGCCUUCUCCAAGGACGUGCGCUACGUCUCCAGCGGGAAGAUGGUGGUCGCCAAAGUCAAGGAGCUCAUGCGGAGCUACGAGAAUCACGAGGACUACCGCGCCGAGGGAGGGGGGUCCCCCCCCCCCCCCCUAGGCGCGUGGAGCACGCGCGGCUUCGAUGCCGCGCUCAUCGAGGCCAACAGCCUGGAGAAGGACAAGAGGCAGCGCAGGGCCUUGGGCGCAACGUACCGCGCCCCGAUCCUGUCUGGAGGCCAUCGUGGAGCCAGGGGCACCGAGCGGUCCCACGUCGCCGAGGCCUCGCGCCCCUCCAAGAGGAUCAAGAAGACGACGGUCGCUGCCGCCGACGAGGAGCCUGAUGAGGGGCCAUCGGACGACGACGACCCGGACUCCAGCUCGGACUCGAGCAUCAGCUCGGACGACGACAAGAACAAGAAAAAGAAGAAGGCGAAGAAGGCGAAGAAGCAGAAGCAGAAGGCAGCGAAGAAGGCGGCGGCGGCGAAUGGCAAGUUGGCCGACUGCUUCGAGAAAAAGGUGACGGAGAUCUUGACGGCCAUCAACAGGGUGGUGGGCCAUCGUUUGUCCCCUGAGUUCCGCCAGAGCAUCAAGGAUGACAUGAACGCGUUCCAGGCCAAGCUGCAGUGCAUGUCGCAGGACAUCGAGAAGGCCCAGAACGGUGUCGGCAGCUCCAUCCGCUACGUGAGCACGACCGCCGAGGCCAAGGCCUUCCUGACCGACGUGGGCCGCAAGCUUCGCGCGGCCCAGGCCUUCCUGAUGGCCACGUGCGAGAUGAUCGUCGACGACUGA